AUGCAAAAAAAUCAUCCAAUUCCCGUCGAAGAUCAGUAUCAUCUCAAAUUCAAGCUCUUCAAGGAAACCGAAACGGUUUGGACAGACGAAGACGACGUUCCAGUCAACGUCAGUCGUGAGCCGCCGCGCUUUGACUCCGAAAUCGACAUUACGCUCUCUCGCGCCGAUUUAUUAUUAGUAUUUGAAGAAAGUCACGGCACAAAUUCCGCUUCCGGUUCAAUUAGCCUGAUGGCCGACGCCCUGGCCGCCAUGGAAAUCCCGGAGUUCAAACACGAGCACAUCAUUGGGUCGUUUUUGGCUUGUUUUAAGGCGAAGAAGUCGGAAUGUUUGCCCCAUGUGGUGAGCCUAGUAAUGACGAAGAAUAGGAAGCAGAGAAUGGAACGACCGCAGAUUAGGGGAGAGACGAUGUGUGCGAUUUGUAGGGAGGAAUUUGAGAGCGGUACGAAUGGGAAUCGGCUUCUUCACUUGCCCUGCUCUCAUAUUUUUCAUGUCAACUGCAUUGAGAAGUGGCUCGAAACCUGUCCUAGUCAUCGCUCGUGCCCCUUGUGCCGCUUCCCGCUGUGUCGUCGUUUUGAUUAUCAAUUAGUUUUUAUGUGA